AUGGCAGUGGAAAUGAGGGUGGUAAGGUUGUUGGUGCUAGAAUGGGAGGUGGAGGUGACAAUGGAGAUGAGGAUGAGAGUAUUUGGAGACUUAUGUAAAGAAGAGUUGGAGGUGGUGAGUGCUGUGGUAGUGUGGACGUCAACGGUCUCCUUAGUUCCAGUGUGGGGUGGGACUCAAGACUUCUUAUCAUCUCUAACAUGUUCCCAAGAAAGCUGCUGCGCCAAGGGCACCACACUUUAUAAAAGGCUGAUGGAGCGUGAGUACCGACCUUUGGCCAAGAGACGCAGAUGCUGGCUCCCAGGAGAGCAACAAGGGUUGUUGGCACAGAUGUUUAAGCCAACAAGAGGGUUCCUUGUCACCCUGGGCAGAACCACAGGGAACUUUGUGAAGCCACUCUUGGAGAGUGAAAGAGAAAGAAGCCAGAGAGUACCUUCUGAAUGUCUGACCUGGUUUUACCCUGGAAUUGCCAAGCAAUUCAGCAGCAAAUGCUGUCCUGCAAAGGAUGUUGGGUUUGAAGAGGAAUUAAAACAAAUUAUUAAACUUCUGCCAACACGCAGGCAAAUCAUGCUCUUUUCUGCCACACAAACACGAAAAGUUGAGGACUUGGCAAGGAUUUCUUUGAAAAAGGAGCCAUUGUAUUUUGGUGUUGAUAACGAUAAAGCUAAUGCAACAGUGGAUGGUCUUGAGCAGGGCUAUGUUGUUUGUCCCCCGGAAAAGAGAUUCCUCCUACUCUUUACAUUCCUUAAAAAGAACCAGAAGAAGAAACUGACAGUCUUCUUUUCAUUCUGUAAGUCCGUGAAAUACCACUAUGAGUUGCUGAACUACAUCGAUUUGCCUGUCUUGGCCAUUCAUGGAAGGCAGAAGCAAAAUAAGUGUACAACCACAUUCUUCCAGCUCUGCCACGCAGAUUCAGGGAUAUUAUCAUGUACUGACGUGGCAGCGAGAGGGCUGGAUAUUCCUGAAGUCGACAGGAUUAUUCAGUAUGACCCUCCAGAUGACCCCAAGGAACAUAUUCAUCGCGUGGGAAGAAUAGCCAGGGGCCUAAACGGGAGAGGGCAUGCCUUGCUCAUUUUACGCCCUGAAGAAUUGGGUUUCCUUCAUUACUUGAAGCAAUCCAAGGUUCCAUUAAGUGAAUUUCAGUUUUCCUGGUCCAAAAUUUCUGACAUUCAGUCUCAGCUUGAAAAAUUGAUUGCAAAGAACUAUUUCCUUCAUAAGUCAGCCCAGGAAGCAUAUAAGUCCUACAUUCGAGCAUAUGACUCCCACUCUCUGAAACAGAUCUUCAAAGUUAAUAACUUAAAUUUGCCUCAGGUUGCUCUUUCGUUUGGUUUCAAGGUGCCUCCUUUUGUUGAUCUGAACGUGAAUAGCAAUGACGGCAAGCUUAAAAAGAGAGGAGGUGGUGGUGGCUUUGGCUACCAGAAAGCCAAAAAAGUUGAGAAAUCCAAAAUCUUCAAACACAUUAGCAAGAAGUCCUCCGACAGCUGGCAGUUCUCCCACUGA